UCAAGAUAUUGCGUAAUCGGAUUCGCUAAUAUUGACUGUACUAGAGUGUAGUCAAAUUUUGACAGGAACCUGUGAAGUACUAAAGAUUACCGCAGAUAUCUUAUGACUGGAUGGAAUCAGAGCUAGAUGUCUUCUUUCACGCUCAACACAGGCCACGGCCGAUCUCUCAGCGGGUUUGCGAACAGAACUAGCGACGUCUUCGGCUCUCUCGGCGGACUCGAAAAGAACUACGACGAAGCCGUGAAGGAGAGAGGGCCCGAUGAAUUCUUGGACGAAGACAGAGAAAGCCCAGAGCGGGAAUUCAAGAAACCUGCUCCUCCCCGCCAUGAUGGUGGGAGAGGCCGGAGUGAGCAUGGACAUGAUGGAGGCAGGAGGGGUUGGGAUCGUCCACAUUGGAGGGGGAGGGGUGGCAGGUCAUCGUAUCGGGAGGGGCAGAGGAGGCAACAGAAGACGCCGGAUUACAAGUUGCACCCCGAACGAUGGACCGAAUACAGCCUUGAGGACACCGACGUAUCGGGAGAGUCUGCGAACAAGAGAGCAGCCGUAGACUUCCUCAGGGAUUUAAGGAAGAGAAAAGCAGAAGAACAGCGGGGACAGGCAUGGGAUGCUGACCUUUAUACAGGGAAAUUAGAGUACAAAAAGCCUGUCUUGAAGUCUAAUACUGAACAGUCCGAUCAAACAGAUAAAAAACAAAGCUAUGGCGAUGUUCAUAAGAUGGCAGAAUUUCAGUUUGGACAGUCCAAACCAAAGGUGAGGAAGCCGCCAUCUGAACGGGCAUCAAGUAGCCGGGGCAGUGGCUCAUCUAAAUCAGACUCAAUAAGCUUGGGGCAUUUGGGUGAAGAGGAAGAUGGCAGCCAAUCAGAAGGCUCUAUCAAACAAACUGACCAAUCAUGCGAUAGCAGCAUUCAAAUUAUCCAAUCGGAUUCUUCUAACACUGUAGGGAAGGAUGCCGAAGAUGGGAAUGAGUUGAAGGAAGCCACGGGCGAUGGAAAAGGUCAAACUGAGAAGCCCGUUUUCCAGAGAAAAGCGGGGAAAGGAAAGAGGCACAUUAGAGGGAGAAAAACCACAGAUGAAGAAGAUGACUAAAUAAGAAUAUUCAUACAUGUAGAUUACAAGGGAAUUAGUAAAGAGCCAUUUCACAUGUACCGGUAUCUCAACCUACAUAUUUUAAUCCUACUUCAUCUACAAUCAGUUUGUCUACUGACCAUCUUAAUUCGAUGGAUUCACAAUACGGUGCCAAUCUAUCGGGUGCCGCAAACAGGCAAAAUUUCUAGCUUGGGGGUCGACAUCGAUGCGCGCAGGCAGCGUACGUUGCUAGUCUACAAUCUGACUGAUGCUUCAAGAAAUGAAGACCGUAUGGCAAGAAUUGGCAAAAACAGUCUAAAUUUCACAAAGAAAUAUGUGGGUAAAUUUCUCUUCUUCCUUCUUGACCCUAAUAAACAGCAUAUCCGGUCGAGCCGAGUCGGUCAGCACUGAAAAAUCGCAUGCAUGCAUGCACUUUAGUGCUAGCAUGCACAACAGGGCCCCGUCUUCCAAAGAGUUACAAUUGAUCCAAUCAAUCAUAUCUCUAUGGAAAUCAAUCAGUGUCAUAAUUUUUCUACACGAAA